AUGGACCUGAAAGUGGGACACCGCAUCGCACUCGGUCCACACCGCGGGACAAUCGGCUAUCGAGGCGCGGUCCCACCAUCGAGCGGCGAAUGGCUGGGUGUGGAAUGGGAUGACCCCGCCCGCGGCAAGCAUGACGGAAUCAGCGCUGACGGAACUCGCUAUUUCCAUGUCCGAGUUGCUGGAAGCGGGUCGUUCAUCCGGCCUACAGCGAGAAAGCUCUCCAGCGGCUGCUGCUUCCUCGAAGCUCUGCGGAACAAGUACCUCCCUCCAAGCACAGCGGUCGAAGUCAAGCAAAGAGAUCAACAGCAGUACUCACGCAAGAACAUCGCCGAUAUUGAAAUCGAAGCGCCUAACCUCGACCGCAUCGCUAAGAAAGCCGCAAGGCUUGACAGGCUGAAGGAAGUCGGUCUGGGUGGUUGGCAGCAUAGCUCGAUACCUGAUGUAGAUGUUGGUGCAGUGCAUGAUGGGGGGUACGAGGUGGCACGAGCGUUCGGUGCAGCGAAAGAAUUUGAGGAGGGCUCGAUACGAGGGACCUGUCCAAAUAUUCGAUGGUUGGAUCUGUCGCGGUCGCUUUUGCCAGAAUGGGAGGAGGUUUCGUUGAUAGCGGGGGAGCUGGAGCAUCUCAGGACGCUCUUGCUGCACUUCAAUCGACUCCAGUCACCUCCUGAGCCAAUACCCAAGACUUGGCAGCAGAGACUCGGUCACAUACAGGACUUGCGGCUGGAUGGGACAUUGAUGCAGUGGGAAGAGGUUUUGAGGCUAGCACCUGCAUUGGCGAGCCUGAAGCACUUGUCGCUUGGAAGCAACGAGAUCAAAACCUUGCAUCUAGCGAAAGCCUCAAGCCCUGUGCAAGGAGUGGUGCUACCAUCACUGACUUCGCUCAGCCUAGAAGACAACCUCAUCACCUCUUGGCCAGACCUGGUUGCUGCUCUUUCCCGCCUUCCAGCUCUGCAAAAUCUGAACCUCAACCACAACCAGCUCGCCGACAUUCCAGGCGCCCCUCCAUCCGCAUCUAAGCUACAGGCACUGACAGAACUGCACAUGCGAGACAACCAUCUCGAGUCCUGGUCUUCGCUCAAAAACAUUUCCUCAUGGCUUAGUCACUCGCAAGGGCUAGAUGCGCUGCACAUCUCAACCCUUCGGGAUGAAGAAAGAACCUCCUCCAUAGACGAAGCUCGAACUACAAAGCAAGUCGGCUUGAUAGGAAAUUACGAAUACCGCGACUUGCGAGCCAUCGCGAUCGCGCGUCUACCCACCCUCAAAGUACUCGACAAGACCGAAAUCACAGCCAAAGAACGCAAAGAUGCCGAACUCUUCGUCUACACACGGUUCCGUGAUGGCGACGCCUACAUCAUUGAUGGUGGCUCUGCAUCACAGGAGAACAAGCUUGACUUGUCAAACGAGGAAAAAGUGGCUCGUUUCCCACGCUACUUGGAACUAGCAAAGUUGUUCGAUGGUGACGAAAGCCUUUCCGCAGCACCAAAGGCAAGAGAAGAGGAGAAGAAGAAGAGCAAGAACACUUUAAGGUCAAGGAUGCUCUCGCUUAGCGUGAUAGCUUCUGAUACCGCUCCAGGUAAGCAGAGACCGUAUUUGAAAAAGGAAGGAGAGGCAAAGGUUCAGAUUUUGGCUUCAACGCCGUUGAGGUUGGCCAAGAUCAAAUUGGCGAAUGCUGUGGGAGUUAAGCCAGCUCAGAUUGCAGGAAUAUGGGCGCUGUUGAGAAGCUCAAGCGCUGACGAGGUGAAAGAGGAUGAGCAAGGGAUUGUGCUGGAGAUUGACGACAUGUCAAGAAGUCUGCAUUGGUACGAGGUGAGCUCUGGAGAUCGGCUUGUUCUUGUCAUCGAGUCUUGA